AGUACGCAUGCGUGACGAGACGCCUUCCACGUUUCGCUCUCUGAGCUUGCGCGCUGUGACGCGUUCUUGCCGUGGCAGAGGCUCAGGUGCGCAUGCGCGGUGUGACAUCGGCAGGUCUCCGGUGAGAGAAAGUGUUUUAGUGUGUACGCUAGCGAGUCCCCGGGGCCCGAGGAACGGAUUUGGGAGCUCAAGAUGCUCAACAUGUGGAAAGUACGGGAGCUGGUGGAUAAAGCCACCAAUGUGGUCAUGAAUUAUUCAGAGAUCGAGUCUAAGGUUCGAGAGGCGACCAAUGAUGACCCCUGGGGACCUUCUGGGCAGCUCAUGGGAGAGAUAGCCAAAGCUACAUUUAUGUAUGAGCAGUUUCCUGAUCUAAUGAACAUGCUGUGGACGCGGAUGCUGAAGGACAACAAAAAGAACUGGCGACGGGUUUAUAAGUCAAUGCUGUUGCUGGCAUACCUCAUACGGAAUGGAUCGGAGCGGGUCGUCACAAGCGCCAGGGAGCACAUUUAUGACUUGCGAUCCUUGGAAAAUUACCACUUUGUAGAUGAAAAUGGGAAAGACCAAGGCAUUAACAUUCGGCAGAAGGUAAAGGAAAUGGUUGAGUUCAUCCAGGACGAUGACCGUCUCAGAGAGGAGAGGAAGAAAGCCAAGAAAAACAAAGACAAAUACAUUGGAGUGUCUUCAGAAAGUGCCGGGGGGUUCAGAUACAAUGAUCACUAUGACUCUGAGCCCAAAUCUAAGUGGGACGAGGACUGGGACAAAAGUAAGACAGGUUUUCCAUUCAGCGACAAGCUGGGCGAAAUAGGUGACAAAAUUGGAAGCACCAUAGAUGACACUAUUAACAAGUUCAGAAGGAAAGACAGGGAAGAUUCCCCAGAGAGAGGAAGUGACAGCGAAGAAGAAAGAAAACAGAACCGAGCAAAAAAAUCUGGAGAGUUUAAAGAUGAGGAGGAAACAGUCACCACCAAACACAUCCACAUCACUCAGGCUACAGAGACCACCACUACUCGCCACAAACGUUCAGCCAACCCCUCCAAGACUAUUGACUUGGGUGCUGCUGCUCACUAUACCGGAGACCAAGAAAGUCCUGAGCUUACCUCCUCAAACCAGAAUCAAGCGUCCACCAUCAAGCCUACCAGCAAAUCUUCAAACGAUCUUGUCGAUCUUUUGUUCAACUCAGGACAGAAAUCAGGUUCCACAGGUUCUGAUCCAUUCGGUGAGUUUGCAGAUUUUACCUCUCCAGCUGCUGUAUCAUCUACGGUUCCAUCAUCACAAGGUCCAGCAUCGGGCAGUAAUGGAGAAUUUGGAGACUGGGGUGCUUUUAGCCAACCAACACCGGUUCCUACAACAGCGCCAUCACUUGAUGUUUUUGGAGUUGCCACCCCUCAUAGCACAGACUUGUUUGCUGCCGUUCCUCCUCAACCUGCCUAUGCCGCAGCCAACUCUACAGACCUCUUUGAUUUAAUGGGCCCUUCACAUGCUACCAUGACCUCAUCCCAGAGUAUGAACCUGUCCAUGAUGAGUACCAGUACCAUAGGUGUUUCCCUGCCGACGUCUAGAUCCCAGCCCCUACAGGCAAUGAACUUGAGCCUUCAAAAGCAGAACACACUCUCUUCACAAGGAACAGACAUGAAAGGGACAGGGAAAUCGCUACCUUCCACUUGGUCUGACCCCAGCGUCAACAUCUCCCUGGAGAGCCUGAUCCCUGGUAUGCAGCCCUGCAAACCUGCGCAGCCCAGCUUAAACUCCAUGAUGCAGCAACAAAAUAUACAGCAGCCCAUCAGCAUGAUGUCGCAAAGCUUUGGAAAUCUAACAAUCAGUGGAACCCCUGGCGUGAUGCCCAUUCGACCUCAAACUAGCCCAGUUAUGCCUAAUGCCAUGCCUGCAGGGAUGGGAAUCCCCAACAUGAUGACUGGCACUAUGGGCAUGUCUGCAGUAGGUGUCCCUCCAAUGAUGAACCAACCCAUGAUGGGAAUGGGCAUGCCUGGCACUAUGGGAAUGCCCAUGGGUUUAGCUCCUGCAGCAGUGCCACCCAAACAAGAUGCCUUUGCCAACUUUUCCAACUUCAGCAAAUAAAAGCUUUAUGACCCCACUCUGUUCAGGGGUGGGGGGAAGGCUGAAGGAUUUUUUCUUGGCUGCACACAAAGAAGCAAGGGGUGCGGAGGACUUUAAAGAGGAGUCUGAUCCUCCUUGACACAAAUCUUUUUAUAAAUAAAUAGAAGAAACUUCCAGGCAAGCUGUUUGGGGGGGGGGGGGGGGGGGGGGGGUGAUACAGUCAGAAAGAGGCUUUCUGCGUCUUCUUGCUCUGUUUCAGAGCACAAAUGCCUUUUAGUAUCAGACAGGAUUACGUGGGCAUGCUCACUGUUUAUCAGGGGAUGGCACUGGGCUCAGCUGCUUAUUGUACACCUGAGAUUUCUGCCUGUGUGAAACAAAUAGUAACCUGCAUUCAACUUGACACAUUCCUCAUGUGAGCCCCCCACGCCACCGCCGCCCCACCACUGGGAAAGGGCUCUUCUGUUUUUAUGAAAUAUACAUAUAUAAAUAGAAGAAAAUGAUAUAUUUUUCUCUGAAGAAGCUGAGGCUGUUUAGUUCCUGCUGCAAACUUCAGCUCCGGGCACAAGAUCCCUCAUAUUAUCAGCAAGUGUGGUAGCACCUGUCACUAAUUCCUUUUUGGAAUGAGAUGGGUAGGAGUGUCCAUGUCAUCCCAAGGUCUGACAGAAGUAAAAGUAUGAACAGAACUACAGUUUUAAGCUUUUUACUGCUUAGUAAAACUAUAUCACAGGGGCUCAUGUUAUAAACACUGGGCAAAUUUGCACCAAGGCAGUAACCCACAGCAACCAAUCAGUGAUUUUUUAUUUUGCAGCUAGCUGCAGGUCGAUCAAAGAAAGCAAAUAUUUAAUUGGUGUCUAUGGAGGUGCAAAUUUGUCCAAUAUCUAUAAAUGAGUCCCACAGACUCCUCUUUCUGAAUAGGGACCAGCCAUAAGCAUCACGGCUCUUCACCAUGUUGAGGUGUUAAGCACAAAGCUGUGCAAUGAAUAAAUAUGCUGCAUAUAGAGCAAUUAGGGCACCUCCUGAAGGCUUGCCUAACAAAUAUCUGCCUGCCGAUUGAACAUAUGAAUUCCCGUCAUUACGGACAUUCCCCAUAGGUCCCAAUUAUGAUCCAGCCAUCAACCCAGGAGCUAAAGGAUCAGAUCAUCCCCAUUUGGCCAGUGGCCAGAUUGGGUGAAGAUCAGUUCAUUUGGCACCUUAGUUUAUUUAUCUUACAAGGUACUAAGUACAUUUUUAUUCAUGCCAGUGCCACCUACUAUAUGUUCCCUCUUGUGCCCAUUCGCAGCUCGACCUUUCUGAUUUAUCCUGGCAACGGAAGGAGGUUUUUAUCUGGGUUUUUUUUCUGUUUUUGGCAGUAGAUGCGGUUAACCUUUUCACUGCUUUACACUGCACUUUCAUUAUCCAUGAAAGGGUUAAUGCCAUCUCUGCUGGCAGAGAAGCCCACCCGGCAGCAGGACAUGCUGCUUCCCUCUACAUAGCUUGGCUGCUUUUAGAUUUUAUAUUGUUUUUCCCCCCCCCCUUACUUUUCCUUCUCUGUUCCACAUCUCUGUCCAUAUGUAUAUAUUUAAGGCAGCUGCCAGUGUUGGAAAUCAGUCCUGAUAUAAAUACAGAUCUAUAUUAUUAUUGUUAUUAUUAUUAACGAUGAGCAGUAGGCCGUCACAAAAUUCUUGGCUUUGAGAGAAAUGAAAAUGUAAAAAAAAUAAGAAUAAAGAUGAUUUUUUUUGUUUCCCCUGCUGCUGAA